AUGGCGGGUGGUGCAGAUACAUCUGCUGUCGAUGAGCAACCUCAGCUUUUCGAUGCCACCAAACUCGAACCGGCCAAAAAACGCAGACGCUCACGGUCGCCCUCGAAUUCAACUUCGAAGCGCGUAGACAAUCGCUCUGAUUCUCGAAGAAGAUCGCCUUCGGCUCCAGGCUCCUCCAGACCCCAAAGAUCACCCUCUCCCCCACCUCGAAAGCAGAAGCGCCCAGGCCAGCGAGCUCGUAUCACAGAUGCAGAGCGCGAGCAUAUUCGACAAAAGCAGAUCGAGCGCGAGAAGGAACUUGAGGCUUUAGCUGCUCAGCAGGGUAUCCACGAUGCUGUCAAACAACAUUACAAUGCAGUACCAGAGCGAGGUCGGGAUUGGCGCAAAACGGACAGUCGAAUUAAAGGGCUUCGAAGCUUCAACAAUUGGGUCAAGAGUACCAUUAUACAAAAGUUCUCUCCGGCUGAGGACUGGACUCCUCCGGUACAAGAGCGCGGAGGCAUGGUAUUUGCAGAAGGGCCCUCCGCUACGAAAGGCUUGCUGGUACUAGAUAUCGGAUGUGGAAAGGGGGGUGAUUUGGGCAAGUGGCAGCAGGCACCACAGCCAGUCGAGCUGUAUGUUGGCUUAGAUCCAGCAGACAUUUCAAUUGAUCAGGCCAAAGAGAGGUAUCGACAAAUGUCAAGCCGUGGCGGAGGAGGUCGUGGAGGUCGCGGGGGUCGAGGUGGAUACAACAACAGACCGCAGCAAAGAUUGUUCCAAGGCGAAUUCUACGUCCAGGACUGCUUCGGAGAUACCAUUGAGAAAGUUUCGCUGGUUCGAGAUGUUGGAUUUGAUGGGUCUGGUGGGCCUUCGAGAUUUGGUGGAGGAGGGUUCGAUGUUGUCAGCAUGAUGUUCUGCAUGCAUUAUGCUUUCGAGAGCGAAGAAAAGGCUCGACAAAUGCUCAAAAAUGUCGCAGGAGCUCUUAAGAAGGGCGGCAGAUUUAUCGGAACUAUUCCAAAUUCUGAUGUUCUCAGUGGCAGAGUCGAGCAAUUCAACGCACGAAUCGCCGCCAAAGCUGAGGCAGAAAAGAACAAGGAGAAUGGUACAAAGCCAGAAGAGAAAGCAGAGAAAGAGGAUAAGGAAGAUGAUGGUGAAAUCGAGGAGGGUGAAGCCGAGGAGAGUGCAGAAUGGGGCAAUGAGGUCUAUAGAGUCCGUUUCCCAGGAAAGACACCGGCCGAUGGUAUUUUCCGGCCUCCAUUCGGCUGGAAGUAUAACUUCUUCUUGCACGAAGCCGUCGAAGAGGUUCCCGAGUAUGUUGUUCCAUGGGAGGCUUUUCGUGCUAUUGCAGAGGACUACAACCUCGAGAUGCAAUAUCACAAGACCUUUGACGAGAUUUGGCGGACGGAGAAGGAUGAUGAGAUUCUGGGCCCAUUGAGCGAACGUAUGGGUGUCAGAGAGAGAGGCCGUGGUGCAUUACUUGUCAGUGAUGAGGAAAUGGAGGCAGCCAGCUUUUACGUCGGUUUCUGCUUUUACAAGGUCUAA